AGAGAGAGACAGAGACUCCGAGACACAGAGACAGCGCCGGGCGGACGGCGAGAGCAGAAGGGAGGGAGGGAAGGAGGGAGGGGAGACAGCGAGACCUCGAGCCGGGGAAGGAGGGAAGGCAGGAAGGCAGGAAGGCAGGAAGGCGGGGGCCCCUCCCGGCCUCCUCGGGGCUCCCGCCACCCCCGCCCCCGCUGCAGCCCCAGCGCCGCCGCCCGAUCAGCUUCCCGCUUCUUCCUCCUCAGUGCCCCCCAUUGGUGGGCCUGGCACUGCCACCAUGAUGUGCGAGGUGAUGCCGACCAUCAGCGAGGAUGCCCGGCGGGGCUCAGCCCUGGGCCCCGAGGAGGCAGGAGGGGCAGCGGGCGGCGAGCUGGAGCGGCUCAUGGUCACCAUGCUCACAGAGCGGGAGCGUCUCCUGGAGACCCUUCGGGAGGCCCAGGAUGGACUGGCCACGGCCCAGCUGCGCCUUCGGGAACUGGGUCACGAGAAGGACUCAUUGCAACGGCAGCUCAGCAUAGCCUUGCCUCAGGUAGGGGAAGUCUGGGGGGGCGGGGACAAGGACCUGGCUCCUUGCUCUUGGCUAGCCUGGGACAGCCCCAAGCCAGGACUCCUUGCACGGCUAACUUGUAAAAAACUGACACCAGAUCGUGUUGGGCCAGGGAGUGAGAGUCCCUAGAGAAUAGUGGGAAACUGACUUGGAGGGA